GGCCUUCCCGGACUCAGAAGUUCUCUCAGGGCUCCGCGGCGGUGCACGUCUACCUCGAAACUGUCCGCGCCCGGGCGGGGAGGCCGAGUGGCGGCGGGCGGGCGGGAUGAGCGCGGCGCGGACGCUGCGGGUGCCGGGCCGCCACGGCUAUGCCGCCGAGUUCUCUCCGUACCUGCCGGGCCGCCUGGCCUGUGCCGCGGCGCAGCACUACGGCAUCGCGGGCUGUGGAACCCUGUUAGUAUUGGAUCAAAAUGAAACUGGACUUCAGAUUUUUCGAAGCUUUGAUUGGAAUGAUGGCUUGUUUGAUGUUACCUGGAGUGAAAACAAUGAACAUGUCCUUGUCACCUGUAGCGGUGAUGGUUCACUACAGCUCUGGGACACUGGCAAACCUGCAGGGCCUCUUCAAGUCUAUAAAGAACACACCCAGGAGGUGUAUAGUGUUGAUUGGAGCCAAACCAGAGGGGAACAGCUUGUAGUGUCUGGCUCGUGGGAUCAAACUGUCAAAGUGUGGGAUCCAACUGUUGGAAAUUCUCUGUGCACCUUUAGAGGCCAUGAGAGUGUCAUUUACAGUACAAUCUGGUCUCCCCACAUCCCUGGUUGUUUUGCUUCAGCUUCAGGCGAUCAGACUCUGAGGAUUUGGGAUGUGAAGACCACAGGAGUCCGGAUUGUGAUUCCAGCACAUCAGACAGAAAUCCUGAGCUGUGACUGGUGUAAAUACAAUGAGAACUUGGUGGUGACAGGUGCAGUUGACUGUAGCUUGAGAGGCUGGGACUUAAGGAAUGUGCGGCAGCCUGUCUUUGAACUUCUCGGUCACACCUAUGCUAUCAGGAGGGUGAAGUUUUCACCGUUUCAUGCCUCUGUGCUGGCCUCUUGCUCCUAUGAUUUCACUGUAAGAUUCUGGAAUUUUUCAAAGCCUGAUCCGCUUCUGGAAACGGUGGAGCAUCACACAGAGUUUACUUGUGGUUUAGACCUAAGUCUCCAGAGUCCCACCGAGGUAGCUGACUGUUCCUGGGAUGAAACCAUAAAGAUCUAUGACCCUGUUUGUCUCACGGUUCCCGGCUAAGACACGCUGCUCUAGUCAGAAACAGAUAGUGACUGAUGAACUACUUAGCAUCAGAACAUUAACUACUGAAAGGAGAGAAUUAGGCCUUUAUAUGUACUGUAUACAUUUCAGAUUCCUGAGAUUUCAGAAUUCUCAGACUUACAUGGAAAUCAGUUUUGAGGUAUCUGAUAAAGACAUUGUAAUCCUGGUACAUAAGCCAUGUUUUCUGAAGUCCUAAAGAAUAAUUGUUGUUAUAAUAUAUCUUGUAAUAUCUAUUAAAAUGUUAUCUCUGUAUUAUAAAAUGACAUAAAAUAUGGGAGGUUAGGAGAUUACAUGGGCAGUAAUACAUUUUAUCAUUAAUUUGUCAUUUUGGAUAUAAAAUAAAACCACUUCUGUUGAUAAAAAUCAAAAUAAACUGCCUUGAUCAUA